CACGGUUCACGGAGCCUGUUCGUGUGCAGUCCGCUUCACUUGCAAUGGAUGUAUAAAAGGGCCUUCACAUCCCUCAAUUGUUCUUUGAGUGGUGACAACAGCAAUAACUAUUAUCGAUUCCAACAACACAUUAACAAUAACAACAUCAUGUCUGGAGGUAAAGGUAAAGCUGGUUCUGCUGAAAAGGCUUCUCAAUCACGUUCUGCAAAGGCAGGUUUGACUUUCCCAGUUGGUAGAGUCCACCGUUUGCUCAGAAAGGGUAACUACGCACAAAGAAUCGGUUCUGGUGCACCAGUGUAUUUGACUGCUGUUUUGGAGUACUUGGCUGCUGAGAUCUUGGAGUUGGCUGGUAACGCUGCACGUGAUAACAAGAAGACCCGUAUCAUUCCAAGACACUUGCAAUUGGCCAUCAGAAACGAUGAGGAGUUGAACAAGUUGUUGGGCCAUGUCACCAUUGCUCAGGGUGGUGUCUUGCCAAACAUUCACCAAAGCUUGUUGCCAAAGAAGGCCUCCAAGGCCAAGGCUUCUCAAGAGUUGUGAGGUUUUAUCAUCUUGAUGACUGGGCUGCAAAUAGAGAAAGGUUCUUUGUACUGUCUUUUGUUUGGAUUUCUUGGGUUUUCUAAUGUCUUUAUGGGGUUUCUUUUAUAAUAUAGUUAUGGGUUUCUGUUUUUUUAAGAAAAGUUGGUUUUAUCAUC